AUGAAUGUUUAUUGUUUCAGUCUUCUCAAAUCGACUAUGAAAAAGAAUGUGACGGACGAGCAGAGCCACCACAGAGCCGGAGGACCUCAAAAAUGUGCCGAGUUCGAGUGGAUUCGUGUUUGGAAGGCCCCAGAAUCACUACACAUCGAUUCCACAACGACCGGAGAACUUGAAGAUUGCCCAACCGACAUCAACAGUUCGUGCCGCGAUUCGACAACCAUUGAUGUCAUCGACUCUAUUCCUAACAUCGAGUCGAUCAUCUGGUUUUCAAUACUCCGUCGUCGUCUAGGCAAAAGUGACUCAGAAACGUUACCAGUCGGCAAGUUUGCCCUUUACGCUUCCCUUUCCGCUUUGGCAUGUUCAAAAGUUUCCGUUCUCCUCAUCAUGCUCUACAUCAGGCAGAGAUUCUUCCCACCGAGAUCGACUCAUCACACUACGCCACAGGAUCCCCACCGCUCCUCAACGUUGAGUCCUACAGACAGCAGUUGCUCCAGAAUCUCUCCCAGCACUCGCAUCCCACCGCCAAUACCAUCUCGAGCUCCGGUGACUUCACCAGUUCUGCAGUCUCCGCUGUUGCCAACCAUGACCCCUUCAAUGAAACUACCGGAUCCUACUGCUUUCGAAGCUGAGACUCGAAUCGAAGAAGAGCGAAAGAAGCAUUGUGUCCAAAGGGAAGUGUCUGUUGGAUAG